CCCAACAAAGUUGAUAAACAAAAGAAUAGAAGAAACUGGUUUAACUACUAAAAGUAUAAAAUCGUUGUACUUUAUUAUAGCCUCAAACUCAAGCGUACCUAAAACACUUGAAUGUCAGAAAUGGAACCUAAGCCUAAAGACUCGCUUUCAGAAAAAAAUGUAAAAGCACCAAACAUUUUUGAGCGAGCUAAAGAGGAGAUUGAGGCAGUGUUUCAUCAUGACAAAACGCCUCGCCAUCACAAAGAAACUCAUGGGAGAAGUGAUGACAUUGAUAAGAAAACUUCAACUGAUGAAGUUAAAGCACCUGGUGUGUUUGAACGGGUGAAGGAGGAGAUUGAAGCUGUAGUUGAGGCCAUUCAUCCCAAGAAAGAAUCUGACACUCGUGACACGCCAUCAAAGUGAUGGCUAGGAUGUGCCUAAUUUAUUUUGUAACAAAGAAUGUGAAGCCGAAGAGUUAAAACUUCCAUGUUUGCUUUGUCUAUUGAUUUUUCCUGUGUUGUUGUUUCCUUUAGAUAUGAAUAGUAAAUUUUUCUUCUGUUUUAAUAGUAUAUUUGAAUGGUAAAUCCUUUGUUCCGAAAAAGAAAAACUAUCCCUGGACUUGUUCAUUAUCAAUGUGAAAGUUCUACGGUAGAUUGUGAUCAAUAACUUCACUAUGUUUCCUAUUACUUAUUGGCGGCUGAUUUUGU